AUGAUGGUGACAGGGAUGCUGCCUCAGCACUGGAUGGACCAACGGCUUCAAUUCUCCCCGGUUGCCUACGCCACAGAUGCUUCCGAAGAAGGUGGAGGUGCUUGUAGUACCAUUGGUUUAACGGCGCGCGGGCGUGCCAAGUGCCACAUGGGGUGCUGCGAGUCGUUUGAUUAUGAAGGAGGACAAGCUGAUCCCGUGGUGCUGAUUGAGGCUUUUGGCGGCAUUGGAGGGCUUCGGCGCUCAAUGGAAUUGCUCGGAGUCAUGCCCUUGGGGACCUGCCAGUCAGGUAGCUUCAGUGCACGGCUGCUGGUCUUCAAAUCCUCCGCAAUUCUCAGGAGGUCGUCCAGCAACCGCGAAGAGGCCGCCGCUGCUCCUUGGCGAUUCUUGUUCAAAGAGGAGUGGUUCACACAAGGCCAGCCUCCCCCCAGCACAACUUCAGCAGCACGAGGGAAGAGCCUCCGCCAGUCCAGAAUCAUCUUUUUGUCAACCUUCUUGAUGUCAUCGACCGUGAUGACAAAGGCACAAUGCUUCUUUGCCAGCUUUAUGCACAUUGGGUCCGAGUCGAUGGUCAUGGAUGAGACCGAUCUCGUCGUUCAAACUGAGGCCAUUGGCUGCGACCCCAUUUUUGUGGAGGCGGCAGAAGUCUUGCACUGCCGCAGGCCCCGGCUUUUCUGGAUCAAAGGACUGGAGGUCAUAGAGGGCAAGGACCUCGUGCUGUACCGUGACCAGCAAGUGGGAACCCUCACCAAAAAGCUCACUCUGACAAGAUUCACGGUGAAGAAGCCACCCUUGGAGCUGUUUCUCCGUGAAGGAUGCAGUAAGCUGACACAGAAGGAGGAGCCCUUCUUCACCUUCGCACGCCCGCAUCCCAAAGCAAGCGAGCCACGGGAAGCUGCUGGGUAUGAUCGCUGCAAUGACAAAACCCUUGGCAGAUGGAGAGGUGAUGCUUGGAGACUUGCGCCUUACCAGUACAGCGACCAAAACAUGGUUCGCUCUCCUCAUGGCGUCCGAAGAUUGCUCGGCGAUGAACAGCUGCGGAUGUUGGGCUACAACAGUGAUCAUUUUCAGAUCAAACAGAAAAUCAGUGAGGAUCAGCAACAACAGCUCACUGGCAACACUUGGCCGGUCUUGGUAGUGGCCCGUCUGCUGGCUGCGAUGGCAAUUCCGCACAAGCAUUUUGCUGAGAAGAACAUCACAGAGGAGCUCUGGGAGGUCUGGCGCUCUUUGGAGGAGCGCGUUACCCAGCUGCGGAGCCAGAGCUGGGCGGUCAAGUUUGGUCCGUUGGCAGGGGCUGGAGCAGGGUUCCGAUGUCAAGAUGGAGAGCGGAAUCCCAUUUUGCGCCAGCGACUUUGCGCGCCGCUCAGUGGAGUGUGGGCCUGGAAAGUCCUGAUGAGUUACAGCUGGAAACAGUCAGGCCAUAUCAACCAGCUCGAAGCUAUCGCAGUGCUUGACCUCCUCAAGAAGCUGGGGCGGUCCAAAGACAACCACCUCAAACGCAUUUUGCUCAUGGUGGACAACACAACGGUGCUCAACAUUCUCGCCAAAGGCAGAACGUCGUCUUCCCUUUUGAAACCCACAUUGAGACGUACAGCAGCUCUCCUGCUCGCAUGCUCCUUGCGCCUGGUGCUGGCCUGGGUCAAGUCCGACUACAACCUGGCUGAUGGCCCUUCACGUUGGAAGGGCAGAAAGAAAAGGAUCCAUGGCCAGACGUAA